UACUCUAUCCCCUUCUGAUUAUAACUCUUAUUCAUAGUGUUUUUUAUAUGCAUGAAUUAGUUGAAAGGAACAUAGGAACACAGAAAUGAUCACAGAAAUAUCAUUUGCUUCUAAUUUAAGUUCAGAAAGUUGUUUCUUUUAAAAAUCCAGGACUGAUGGCAAUUUCUACUGUUCAGACUGACAAGGUUAACACUUUGGAUACCAACAAGUCUUCAAAGUCUAAUUUUCUUUCUUUCAUUGGAGCACAUGAGAUUUUCAUGCCACUGGCAUGGGUGGCAGCGCUGAGAGAGCUAGUUCUCAACUGCAUGUUAAUGUUUAUGCAAACAGGCUCAAUAAUGGGCUGCUUGGACUCAAAUGAAGUUGUUGCUAUUAAACACAAUUCCAUAGUAGAAGACUUGUUGCUAUUAAAUAAAUUAGACUUUGAAGACUUGUUGGUAUCCAAAGUGUUAACCUUGUCAGUCUGAACAGUAGAACUUGCCAUUAGUCCUGGAUUUUUAAAAGGAACAACUCUCUGAACUUAAAGUAGAAGCACAUGAUAUCUAGUUUAUGUGUUCUUAUGCAAAUAUAUAUAAUGAGAAUGUUUGGUCACUUGGUGGCUUGGUGCCAUUUAACAGAGUUUAG